UGGGAUUUUCCAACUUUACAGUCUUUCUGUUUACUAAAAUAUUGUUGUUGAAAUUAUCAUUGAUAAUAAGGCAACACUAUAAAGCAUGGAGGCUGUAGAGAAGGGAAUUCAUUUUAUUCAGGACCAUACACAAAGAUUAUUUGAACACAUCGAGAAACAAGCACUUCGAAUCGGUGAAAAUUGUGAUAAUUAUAUGGAUAAUGCCUCACCAAGAAAGAAAUAUCUGUGUGAAGUAUUGCUGAGGGUUCCAUUGUUUUUCAUAAUUCACCAAUGGCUACUUCUCAGUCCAUACUCAAAUUACUGGAUUAUUGAAAUAUUCCUCUUUAUCAUUCGGUAUGCAGUUGCUUUCCUUAUGGUUGGAACAUGGGCGUUCAACAUCGGUGUCCUUCUACAAGUUUACACAAUUUUUACAUUCGAUUUGGCCGUAACUUGGCUGAUACGGAUCAAGUAUUGGACCCACCAGGACGAGGUGUAUGGUAUAUGUCAUGAAAAGAAUGUUCUAGUUUGGUCUGAUAUGACAGAACAAUGGAGGGUACCUGCGCUGUGUUCCAGCCUGCUGCAAGUUGUCUACCUUUGUUACAGGCCUGGAGCGUUCGUACACAGAGAAAAAGAGCAUGUAACCAUCUGGAUUUAUAUUGCAUUGCUUGCCACACUGGUUCCUAACAUUCUAAGCGUAUCAAAUAUAUUUCCUUCCCUCAUGUCAGAACUCUCAUAUUGGAUAGAAAUUUUAUUUUUUAUCAUAGUGUUUGUAUUUGAAGUUGUUUCCAGCAUGGAUGUAGAUAUUAAAGUUGAUCAAAAGAAAUUAAUGCUACUGACGGCAAAACACAAAUUGGCAAAUGAUGAGCAGACAAAACUAGAAUACAGAACUAGAAUACAAGAUCUACGACGACGUAUAGAAAAACGAAAUCAGGGAGGUAACUUCGUUGAACGUUUCCCAGGCAAAUGGUUCAUGCGAGAUACAAUGCUUGCUUUUGGAGUUCUGUAUUUUCUCUCGGCACUUCUGAUCGAAAUAACAAUGUAUGAAACACUAAUGACCUCGCAGUCUAUAUUCGAUACUCUUUUUGAACUAUCAACGUUGUGGUGCACGACACAUGUCAUUGUUGUUGUCAUGUCAUAUGGACUUGGACUUAUAUCUAAUUUGUGCGUUGCUCUGUGUCACAUAUUCCUUACAACCGAAAUAAUCAUAAUUGAGGCUUUCGAUGCGAACAUCGGUGGUAUUGUACAAGUGUCUGCACUCAUAGCAUUUACUGAAGCAAACAUUUUGUCCAUAGAGUACAUUGAAAAAAUAGAAGCCAUGAAAAUGGUAGCAUUCCUUUCAGUAUAUGCUAUAAUCUUCCAAACACUCGAUGUUCUCGAACGAAAAAUACUUCAUGCAGUUAACAGUGGUGUGUCCCCAGGUGUGUUGUUCUACCUGCGAGUCGGGAUUCUGACAGGACUUCUUGUGACUGCCCCAACCUUAUCAACCAUUAUUGUUUCGGAACAUUUAGACAUUAAUCCAUGGCUUCUUUUCUUUGCAUCUGGAAAUUGUACGCUUAUUCUCCGUACGAUCUUUUUACUGAUAGAAUGUGCCCUAGUAUCAUUUACUUGGCACACUACCGAGUAUCUUAGUAAAUUAGAGGAUCUGAUACAUUACGCUCGAGUAUCAAAGAACAUAUGCCUGGUUGUACUAAAUACCGCACAGAGCUACUGCAGGUAUAUUUGUCCGUUCUUUAAAGGUUGGUGGUUUUUCAGGCUUUGCUUAGCUAUAUUAAGUAGCAUUCUUGUUGUCUGUGCUCUUGGGAUGGUGGAGGUAAAUAGGUAUAAGGGAAGAAACCGAAUGAUAUCACUUCUUAAUAACCUACCAGAUGUAACGUUUAAAUCUACAGCAACAACACAUAACAACAGUGAGAAAGAAGCCCAUGAAUGUGCAAUUUGUUACUCUGUGAUGUCAACAGGAAAAACCUUACCCUGCAAACACACUUUCCACAAGGACUGUCUCAGACGGUGGUUUCAAGUUAAAGCUGUUUGUCCGUUCUGCAACACUGAGAUUAAAUAGGAGAGACAUCCAGGGGUUCUUAAAUGCGAUAUGUAAUUGCUUUCUUUUGUAACAUGCUUUGCUUAUGAUAAAGAGUAGAUAAAAGUUGCUCGGUAUUAUUUCAGUACAAAUAAAAUUAUCAUAACUGUUAGAUCAGUGGACUGGAUUACCCAUUAUUGUUAUGUGCUUACUUCAAAAGUUCUCGGUAAAAAGAGAUUUUAUGUCAGGUAUAUGUAAAUGAUUAACUAAUCUUAACGUAACAUAUCUAGAUUAUGAUAUAGGUGGUUAAUCAGAUUUGGUAGUAAAUGCUUAAUUCACCA